AUGUGGAUCACCGAUAAAAUCUACAAUGCAUUGGUCUACAUCGGCCUUUUCCGGAAACACGCCAGGAUCCUUCUUCUCGGGCUCGACAACGCCGGCAAGUCGACACUAUUACUACGACUUAAGCAAGACCGCCUCGGCGCUCUACAGCCAACGAUCCACCCCACAUCAACCGAACUCGUAAUCGGCAACCUCCGCUGCACCACAUUCGACCUAGGCGGCCACCAGCAAGCCAGACGGCUCUGGCGGGAUUACUUCCCCGAGGUCGGCGGCAUUGUGUUCAUCGUCGACGCGAAGGACGUCGAGCGUCUCGACGAAGCUAGGGAUGAGUUGUUGGGACUCCUUAUGGUGGAGGAGUUGAAAGAUGUGCCGUUCUUGAUUUUGGGGAAUAAGAUCGAUCACCCUGAUGCGGUUUCUGAGGAUAAGCUCCGUUGGCAUCUUUGUGUGGAUUCUGUGAAGUUUCGACCUAUUGAGUUGUUUAUGUGUUCGAUUGUUGAGAGGCAGGGUUAUGGGAAUGGUCUCAGAUGGCUUGCGUCGAAUAUUAAAUGA